AUGUGGUUUGUUCAUAUCAUUUUCACCGUACUAUUGGCUAAACCAUUCCGAAGGUCACAAUUGCUUGUUACAGAUGGUAUUCCGGAAAAACUGAAAGUUACAAUGAUAUGCUUCAAACGGAAAUUACGACGUACAACAAAGAAAAGUACGAAAAGUUCAGUGAGUCUUUUAUGUCUAGAAGAUCAGACUGAUUCUAUCUUACUCCGUGAUAUAUCCAAGUCUCAGUAUCUUCGUCCAGAAAUUGAGAUCAGCAGUUCAGAUGUCGUCAUUCCUACUUUACUUGUACAUUCCACUGUUCACGGUUAUGAAACAAUGAUUGCAAAGUCAGAGUUAGCUCGAAUGAUGUCUGAUGAAAAAUUUGGAAACUAUAAAGUGAAAGUUAGCCAGAGUGUACUAUCAACACCACUUCCAGCACGUAUUAUUUCUGAUAGUGUCAUCGGCGGCGAAACAUCACUUAGAGGCACAGCGACAUCAACGCCUGAUAAGGCGCCAGCUGGAGAAAACAACAGUUCUCAGAACCUGGCAUCCAGCAAUGUAUCUACCAUCGAUAGCUUGUACCGAGGAUUGUUUUCAUGUUUCAAGCCGAUGUGGACCUAUUUCGGGCUAUCCGCCGAGUCAAAUGGAAUGACUAAGUCAACUAUAUCUUAUUCGAAUGACAAUUGGGAAAUACCAUUUGAAACAAUUACUCAUUUGGAGUGGCUUGGCUCAGGAUCUCAGGGAGCUGUAUUCAGUGGUCAGUUGAAUGAUCGUUUAGUGGCAGUAAAAAAAGUGAAAGACAGAUCGGAAACGGAAAUCAAACAUUUGCAACAUCUUAAUCAUGAAAAUCUCAUCAAAUUCAUAGGCGUUUGUACUCAAUCACCCUGUUUUUGCAUUGUAAUGGAAUACUGCGGUCAAGGACAACUUUAUGAAGUAAUUAGAAGUGGUCAACAUAUUGCGAAAGAUACGUUUGGCGAAUGGGCUCGUCAAAUUGCUGAUGGAAUGAAUUAUUUGCAUCAGAAACGCAUCAUACAUCGUGAUCUCAAAUCACCCAACAUUUUGGUUGAUGACAGUGACAUAUUAAAAAUUUGCGAUUUUGGUACAUCACAUCAGUGGGAUAAGGAAAAAAGUAUGGUGAUGUCAUUUUGUGGUACUGCUGCUUGGAUGGCACCUGAGAUCAUCAAGAAAGAACCGUGCUCUGAAAAAGUCGAUAUUUGGAGCUUUGGAGUUGUAUUAUGGGAACUACUGACACAGGAAAUUCCAUACAAAGAUGUUGAUUCUAUGGCGAUUAUUUGGGGUGUUGGCUCAAACAAUUUGAGCUUACCAAUACCAGAUACUGCGCCUGAAGGAUUGAAAUUAUUACUGAAGCAAUGUUGGAGCAUCAAACCACAGAAUCGUCCUUCUUUCUCGCAAAUUUUAAAGCAUAUCGCAGUUUUUAAAUCUGAAAUUGCAAACAUUUGUGAUAACGAAUGGUUAGAAAAAAAAGCAGGCUGGAAAGCAUACGUCAUUCAGUACAUGAAAGGGAUCCGGCAAGAGAAAACGUUGGCACAGAAGAAAGAUGCGCUUAAUAAUGAGCGUGAAUUACUUCGAAUGAGACGUGAAGAGUUAAAACAUGCACAAGAUAUUCGAGAAAUGUACGAAGACAAGUUGAGACGAGCAACUAAAAUUUAUUCGAAGUUGGAGCAGUGUUUGGAUGAUUUGGCAAUGCGUGAACGGGAAUUGUUAGAGCGCGAAAAAAAGUUUAGUGAACGUGAAAAAUAUGCUUAUAAUAUAGACCUUAGAACAAAUGUUUUGCCACCAAAAGGUAUGCCGAAAAGUCUUAAAAAUGCAGUCAUACGUAUGCGACCUGAGCCGAAUGACACUGCAGGUGUGAUGAAACAAAGCAUUAAUGCUUGUAAUUCAAACUGUUGCUUAUCAUAUGAGGAACAAGAAGAAAUGUCUUUGUCUUCAUCGGAAGACAAUUACCACUCUGAAUACGUAUACCGGAAUUCAUCAACAAGGUGUUCUGCUAGUAGCAUAACGACGAGUGGAGCUUUUCCAUCAUCUCAAUCACUGAUCUUUAGUCGACAAAGUUCCGGUCGCAGUUCAUUAGGAUACAAUCGAAAGUUGAGUAAAACUUCACCUAGACGAAUGCUAACUUCAAGUUCAGAACAUAAUUUCUCUCAAGACUUAUCGAUCAGACGGUCCAGUUACUUUUGCAACAAUCAAGCUGAUCUUGUUCGUGGAUCUCCUGCUCGAAAUUCCGGUAUUUCGGAAGCUUCCUGUGACUCUGGUUUUCAUAAUUUAUAUGACAUUGACUUUACAUAUGGAACUUCAACAAAUGCAAUAGUAUAUGAAUGCAGUUUCUGUGGACAACCGAUUAUCCCAACGAAAUUUUAUCGAAAUACGGAGGGACGUUGGUCGGAUGGACGUUUGACAUCACAAAGAAGGAAGAAUAGAAAGAAUACAAUAGAUUCCCAUCGAGAUUUAUUGCAACGGAUGACUCCUGUAUCAAAAGAGAAACGUUCGUCACAUACGCGAUUACGUCAAUUUACAGCAGAAAGUACGCUAAUCAGUGAUGGUGCAACAAGAAACACUUCACCAUCUGAAAAAAUCGACUCUCCACCCGUUCAUUUACAAAAUAUAACUGUCAGCUACUCGACCGUAAAAAAAUCACGGGAAGCGGAAGUAUUUUUGGAUGAAGAAUGUAACGUGACCAUUCCGCCAUCAGCUACUUGCUAUCAGGAGAAAUUGAAAGAGAAAGAAGAUAGGUUGGUGGCAUCAGGUAAGCAGAUUGCACGUGACAAUGAAGAAGCAUGUGAACAAGACGAUAAGCUGAAAAAAGAAGUUUCCGAUGCUUCUGCAGAAGAAAGUUCUGAAGAGCAGGAUGAAAAUAACGGGAAUAUUUUAAACUCAUCGCUCGAUUCUCCAAGCGCCUCUUAUAUCAUUUUUCGGAAAUUUAGAAAUCCACAAAGCACAAAUGAUAGUGAAAGAUCAAGCUGUCUGCUUAUUACUUCCUCUUCAACAAUGGAAUCAUCAUUGGAACGAAGUUUAGAAAUGGCUGCCAUACAUUCCGAUGGUCUUUCUGACAAAGAACGACAGGUUCGUGCUGUCAAAAAUACAAUUCGAACACAUCGUAGGACAGCAAGUACUCCGUUAUCGAUACCAUCCGCGGUCUGUGAAACAAGUUCAGAAAGUGAGGUGGAACAGAUUGUGCACUGCUAG